GGAACUCGCGGGACAGAUGAAUGCACACUGAAGGAGCACGAAUAGCACUGCUCGUCCUGUUUUAGGUUUCGUAGAUGUUUGACUCGACCUGCUUUGUAUUAUACCGACGAUGGACCGCAAACGGAGCAAGGCACAGGCCGAGGCUAUGGCUGCAGAUCUCAGUGACGUCACUUCAAUGAAUCUGCUUGGCGUCGCCGAUGUAAAUCAGUGGAUAGAACUUGUGAAAGAUUACUCGGUGGCUGGAGAUCACACACAUGUCCUCUCUGAAUCUGAAGAUGGUGACGGUGAUGACGAUUAUGACAUGGAUCACUCAGUUAUCACAGAUGAAGUUGAGAUGAUUAUGAUUAGAGUGCGCAACGCGAUGGAACCGGGUUAUGACAAGGAGAUGGACAAAAUCCGUCAAUUUGAUUGCAAAUGCGGAGAGGGGCGGAAGGAAGACAACGAAGGAUCGUGCACAAAAAAGUUGUACCCAGACCGCAUCUACAAAUACAGGCGUAAUAUGGCAUCCUUAACACAGAGGUUGAGAGACAUUGCCAUUCUCGGAGUAUUAAAUACCAUCGCACCUAUACUUACCGUAGGUGCGAAGCCCCAGUGUUCCAAGACAGGUGAGCAGACUCAACGGAACCCCCAAACACUUCCAUACCUGGUUGGAGGUGUUCCAGUCUGCGAGGAAUCAUUUCUAUUCAUAUAUGGCAUCAGCAGAGAGCGUCUAAUAUUCCUCCACCGAUCCUACCAGGAGAACGGUACAAAGCCACCCACCUCACCAACUACCACUGGUCGUCCACAUAAUCCUGUAGCCCCUGCGGCUGCCACUGUCCGGCCACGCAAGCCCCGUGCUACUGCGAAGAAGAAAUAGCAAGUCUUGACCAGCAAAUGCAUAUGUAUGUUUUAUAGACCAUGGAGUUUAGCAGCUGUUAUUCCAUUGCCAAGGACAUUACAUGCACAUGUCCUGGACUUAAGGAAAUGACAGGAUGCAAAAUGCUUUCAGUAUUUAAGAGAAUAAAUGUCGACAUGACACCAUACAGUGCAUUCAGAAAGUAUUCAGACCCCUUGACUUUCCCACAUUGUUACAUUACUACCUUAUUCUAAAUUUGACUAAAUAAAACAAUUCCUCAAUCUACACAGUAUACAAUAAUGAAAAAGCAAAAACAGGUUUAUAAAACAGGCAAAUGUAUAAAACAUUUUUAAAUACAUUUUAGAAUAAGGCUGUAAUGUGGGCAAUGGGUCUGAAUGGACUGUAAAGACGGGGUCUUCUGAUUUUAGUGUAUUUUUUAGUAAGUAGUCAAAAUAUUUUAAUCUACAUAUGUUUUUAUCCCCAAUAUUUGUCCUGUAUACUGCCUUGUACUGGAUGGUCUGAUAUUGGCAGUUCUGUCACUAAUUCGCUAGUUCUUAAAUGACUGCUUCCAUGCAGUUACGCUGCAUUGAUUGUAUUGACACACUAAUGUGAAGUCACCACACUUAAGUUGCUGUAGCCUAGUUUUACUGUAGCCUAGGCCUAUGAAGCACUGUUGGCCAACUGGUAAAAUAUUGAGGUUAUUACAACCUAGUGAAAAUUACAUUUUAGCCUACAGUCUGGUUUACAGUUGGUCUGUAGACAGUUGUCGCAGUGACAAACAUUCUGUUGUCCAACACAACUUGUUAUGAAAAAGUAAAAACACAUGACGGGCUGCAUGACAUCAACAGCAUGGUGGUCCAAAUGGCAGAACUGCUGUAUUUUAACCCCAAUAAACCCAGAUUUAAUUUACUAUAUUAUUGUCUACAUUAGACAUAUCAUUAGACCAAGUAUUCAGACCACACAUUUUUCAGCAUUUUAUGGUACAGCCUUAUUUGAAAAAUGAUUUUUUUUUAA